UUGUCUGUAAUAAAGAGGGUAUUUGGGAUACGGCAUGGUGCCGCCUGUUGAAUUAAAAUUCGUGUCCGGGACGUUUGCCGGUUACGAAAAAUCCUUCGGCGACCCAAAUUAUCUUUUCCAAGGACACCAAGGACGUUUGUCGUUGAGACGGGCCUGUAUCUAAGGAUAACGGGACGCAAGCGCCCUUUCUCGCCGAUUUUCAAUUUUUUAUUAUUCUUUAAAGACUAGCGCACCGUACGCAGGCAACGACAGUGUACAAAUACGAAUGUGGACGAUGGUGGUGUACGAAGUUUUAGUGUUGAUAAAAUAAAAAUUUUUGAAGCUGGGCUACUCUUGUCCCCCCGUUGCGAACUUAGGUCAAGGACGUUUUGUACCUAUCUGUCUAUUUAAUUCGUUUGAUACCAAACCUGAUAGUAGUUGUAAUUGUGUUUUAAAAUGAACAUAAACGAAAAAUUUUAAAAAAAGUGUUCUACUCAGUGUGAUUUGUCAGCUAUUACUUAUCAGUGUAUGCAUUGUUCCUCGUUAAACACUUCUUGCGAUAGCAUGCAAAAAAAGAAAAACGGACCAUCAAAAUGACAGCAGUUUCUGAAAUUGGUUUCGUUAGUGGAACUGCGCUAUUUGGAGUAGUGGCAGGCUUUGGAAGUCUUAUGCUGGUGUUUUUGUUGUAUAUAAACAAACGAUGGUGGUUCAACAAUGUGGGAGGAAUGUCGUGUUGCAACGACAUUUGUCCCCCCGUUUCGUCCAGGCCUGCAUCUUCGACAUCUUUGCCUAGUUCCAUUCUACCACGAUCCAAGCAAAAACUAAUAAAGACAUUUUCCUUUGACGUGGGAGACUCUAGUUCAGAAUCCGAAGUGGGUGGAUCAAAUGAAGCUCAACAGCAAAAACCAUGCUCAUCGACGGCUUCGACUAAUCCUAAAGAUGUCUAUUACCCACCAAGAUCAGCUCAGGAUUUAUCUUUAGCCGAGAAAGGCAAAGCUGGCAUUACCAGCAACAGUUCUUGUUGCAGUUCGACGACUAGUUCAGUUGGAGAAAAACAUAGUACUAACACCAAUACCAUUUCGGCUUUCAGUAAAACUGUUGUCAGCGAACAGAUGAACGAUAGCAUAAGACCGUUCGAAUUUUCGGAAUCGAAAAUAGACAAUCAAAAUUUGGAAUAUCAACAAGAACAACAGACAAACUGUAAAAGCGCGAAAAUAAAUAUCCAUGACAGUGAAGAUCAGUGCAUCCUGGUGAUGAACCCGAGCGAGGCCGAUCUGGAAAGCGGAGAUUUGUUAUCAAACUUAGAGUCGGAUCGACUAGAACCGCAAACGUUUCAGAUAAGCAGAUGUGGUCAACUCGAAAUAGCUUUACAAUACGACGCCCCCAUGCGUAAGAUGACCGUGCACGUCCUUCAAGCGAGAGACAUACCGAGUCGGGAUCGUGGUCAACCCACUCAUACACAGGUGCGUCUAAUUUUGCUUCCUAGCAAGAAGCAAAAACACAAAACGAAAAUCCGUUCUGGCGAAAAUCCACAAUAUCUCGAGAGUUUCUUACUGCACCGCGUUAAUCCCGAAGACGUCAACUCCAUGGGUCUGCGACUUAGACUAUAUGGCUGUGAACGUAUGAGAAGAGAACGUCUUAUCGGGGAAGCUAUAGUUAGUUUCGCUAACAUUAACCUCGAGUUCGAAAACAACCUCUGGUUGAACCUAGAACCAAGAGCCAAUUUAGCGUUAAACGGAUGCACUACGGACAUGAUGAGUCUUUCUAGAUCAGACAGCACUGGCUCGACUCAUUCUAUGCAACACGGUGGCGUUCCAGAAUUACUUUUGGGACUUUCUUAUAACGCAACUACCGGACGUCUAAGUGUGGAAAUUGUUAAGGGAUCACAUUUCAGAAACUUGGCCUUAAAUAGAGCUCCUGAUACUUACGUUAAACUUCACCUGGUUAGUAGUACUGGCCAACAAUUGGGAUACAGCAAAACGACAGUCAGGAGGGGGCAGCCAAAUCCACUCUUUAAGGAAACUUUCAUCUUUCAGGUAGCUCUGUUCCAACUAGCAGACGUUACCUUAAUGGUAUCAGUUUAUAACAGAAAGGGGGUGACAAAAAAGAAAGAGAUGGUAGGUUGGUUUAGUUUGGGUUUAAACUCGAGCGGUGCUGAGGAACUUGCCCACUGGAUGGAUAUGAAAGAGUUCCAACAGGAACAGAUAUGUCGAUGGCACGUACUUAUACAUUCAUAA